UCAGCCUCAUUCAUGACUGAACCCACCUACACUUCACGGGAAGCCCCUCCCUUUGACCAUUAGGACUAGGGCUGGGCCUACGUGGGGUCCUUGAGAUGUUGCUCAGUGAGACCCCCUGAGUUUAGCUCUUGCACCGGAUUCAGAACCUGGAUGGAAAAUGAGUGAAAUAUGCUGGCCUCUGAUACGUCUGCUUCAGUCAAGGCGUUGAUGGAACAGACAACGGAGCUGGAAAAGGAGGUUUCUGAUCUGCAGAGGAGGCUGGAUUUGGAAGUCAAGAACCAACAGAACAUUACAGAUGAAAGAGAUGCAGCGAAGGCAGAGUUGCGAGUGCUCCAGCAGCAGCUGGAAAAGACCAUAGAAGAUAAAGACACCUUCCGGAAGCAGCUGGAGGAGAGCGAGAAAGACCUCAGGCAGCACAUUGAAGAGCUUUUCCAAGUGAAAAUGGAGCAGGAGCAACAGCAGACGGAGAUCCGGGACUUGCAGGACCAACUCUCUGAGAUGCACGACGAGCUGGACAACGCGAAGCACGCUGAGGAUGGCGAGAGGGAGAUGCUCCUUGGGGAGCUAAUGCAGCUGAAGCAGGAUCUCCAGGCCAUCCUGAGGGUCAAAGAACAGCAGGAAGACAUCCUGAGGAAGCGAGAGCGUGAACUGACAGCCCUGAAGGGGGCCCUGAAGGAAGAAGUGUCCAGCCACGACCAGGAGAUAGACCGGCUCAAAGAGCAACACAGCCAGGAACUCCAGGCCCUGAGAGAGAGCUUGGAAGAAGUUACAGAGGAAAUGGGCUCCCUGUCCAGUGCCAAGGCUGCGGCCGAAAAGAUGCAGAGGACAGCAGAAGUUCAAGUGGCCAAGAUGGUGGAGCAGAGCCAGGAGUUGGAAGGAGCCAUUGCAGAGCUGGAGAAGCAAAGCAAAGAACUCCAGCAGGAGCUGGAGAGGAUGAGAGGAGAAGGAGGGAAAAGGGAGGAAGUAAUAAAGAGCUAUGAGAAAGAGAAGCAGCACUUGGAAGAGGCUCUGGCACGUCUGGCAGAGGAAAGGCAGGGACUGGCACUGGCCAAAACCACUUUGGAAGCCCAGCUGGAGAAUGCACAGAAGGACGUCAGCCGCCUGAACCAGGAGCUGCAACAGUUAACUGACCGGCUGAAAGAUGAAGCUAACCAGAAGGAUCAGUUAAAGAGGAUGAAGAGUGAAUUAGAGAAUGAGAGGUGGCAACUGGACAAGACUAUUGAGAAGUUACACAAGGAGAUGGCAGAAAUCAUUGAGGUUUCACGAACAUCGACGCUGGAGCUCCAAAACCAGCUUGAUGAAUACAAGGAGAAGAAUCGCCGGGAGCUUUCCGAGACACACAGGCAGCUGAAAGACAAAAACCUGGAGCUGGAAAAGGCCCACCUGGCGUCCCUUAAGAUGCAAGAGGAGAUGCAUUUUAUGGAAAAAGAAUUACGAGAUCACCAGAGAGCUCAAGAUGAGGCUAUUACCAAAACACAGCUUCUGGAACAGACUUUGAAAGCCCUGGAAUAUGAACUGGAGGCCAAAAAUCACUUGAAAGAAGAUAGAGCAAGACAGGACAAGAUCAUGGAGUACAAGAUGUCCCAGCUGGAACUCGAGCUUGAAGAGGAGCGGAACAAUUCAGACAUCUUGUCUGAAAGGAUCAGCAGGUGCAGAGAGCAGAUUGAGCAAAUGCGGAGCGAGCUGCUUCAGGAAAGGGCUGCGAGGCAAGACUUGGAGUGUGACAAGAUUUCACUGGAGAGACAGAACAAGGACCUGAAAAGCCGGAUCUUUCACCUUGAAGGUUCUUACCAGUCCAGCAAAGAAGGGCUUCUGGUUCAGAUGGAAACCAGGAUCAUGGAACUGGAGGAGCGGCUGGAGAAUGAAGAGAGGGAUCGAGCUAACCUCCAGCUGAGUAACCGCCGGCUUGAAAAGAAAGUUAAGGAGGUCAUGAUGCAAGUGGACGAUGAGCAUCUCUCUCUGACAGAUCAGAAGGACCAGCUGAGCUUGCGUUUGAAAGCAAUGAAACGCCAGGUGGAGGGAGCAGAAGAAGAAAUAGAUAGGCUUGAGAGCACCAAGAAAAAGCUUCAGAGGGAGCUGGAAGAGCAAGUUGACUUGAAUGACCAACUGCAAGGACAGCUGAAUGCAAUCAAAAAGGAACUCAGCAGGCACAAAAAGACCUCUAGUAAAAUGCUGAAUGACCUUGAAGAUGACGACGACGACUUCAGCACUGAUGGGGAGAGCCUUUAUGAAGCACCUUCAGGAUUUAAAUUCUUAAAGGACGAUGAUAUCAAAAGCUAAAAAUUCAGCUGUUCCAUGAGUUGUGGAUGUUCAGCCUUCAUUGUUGAAAAGCAAUGAGCUACGGACUCUGGAAGCCAAUGGCUGCAGGAAUAUUGGUGCUGGUUGGCAUUUAUCUCUCUCUCCACAGUGUGCCAUUUUCAGACUUGAGAUAUUUCAGAAAUAAACAGCCUAAAACACAAAGGAUUUGCUUUCCAAACCCAAAGCUGCCUGCAGCCAUAGAGAGUACACCACUAAAUUAGGAUGACGUUUCUCAGCAGAAAUAGGAUGGUUGCUAAAAUUGUGUCCUAAGGAGCCAGCACCUUCUGUUUCUAAGCGUGGUUAGACUGCAUCCAUCUGACAUGGAUGCUAGAGGGUUUUUUUAAAGAGAGAAAAGGGGUAUUUAACGGAUGUAACUAGAGGAAACUGUAUAGAAUGUACAUAUUUUAAAUUAGAUGUUUUAAUUGAUCACACUAUAGCUAUUUUUGUAAAGCUUCCCGUUUUUAUAGAGCACAUGCAAAGUACUGAAAUCUUUGCUGAAAUAUACUGUUUUUCAGCUUGAAAAAGCCUUACAUUCCAAGUAUUCAGCAAGCAAGGUUUUAGGUCUCCAAGCAAGCAAGACUCUGUGGGAGGGUUAGAAAAGCAUUUUUUUACAGGGCUCAUAGAACAUAAAGAGCAAGUUUUGAGCCAGUCCCCAAUCCUUGGUUUUCAGGAGUGUGCGGAUGCACUCACUGUGUCUUUCAUACUGAUCCUGCCGUUUCAGUGAAGGAAGAGAAUUUUGGGAGCUGGGUCUGCAUCCCAGGAGCAAUGACUUCUACAGGAACAAGCUCCCAUGGAUCUCGACAAGGCUUUCCUCACAUACACAGUACAGCAGUUUGUGGUGCCUUGAGCUUCUCUUACAUCUAAAUCCUCUGCUGUUCAUGAAAAAUGAGUUGAGAAAAAACGGUUCUCCUCUGGAUUUGCAACUUAUUUUUUCCUCAACAAAGCCCCCCUAUUUUCAAUUGGUCCGUUUCAUUCUGACCCAGCAAAGCCCUUGAGAGCAAAAGAACCAGGUGAAGUGAUUUCCUGCUACAGCCAGGUACAGAAUCCCUGACUCUUUACCCCAGCUCUAGUGCACUCCCACUUCUGGUGUUUUAGGCUGGGUACACAUCAUGUUAGCCAUAUUCUAUAUAAGUCUUAGAGUUUUUGACAAAACUGAUAUACUGUUGUUUGAUGCAUUUCCUUCAAACCAGCUUCCAUCCUGAUUCCGAAAACUUAAGCUGCAGUUAAGUUGAGGUGUGUACAUUUGAGACAGUCAUUGUGCAUGUGCAGAUGACACCUUCGUGAAUAGGAUUUUCUGGGGAUGGGAGAAGGGGUUGUAGGCACAGAAAACCAAACAGGUAAUGUGCAUCAGGUCCAUCCCAUCUCAGGUGUGCACAGCAACAUGCAAAUGCAACUUGAAACACAUGGGUUUGGGGGAAACAACCUCACUGUGUUUUAAGCUGCUAAUGUGUACAUGGCCAGUCUUGGACCAGAAGCUAAUACAAGCCACUUUGUUCUAAAUGGUUUACCAGAUCUACUGUUGUGGACUACAAAGAACUGCACAACAAGCAUAUAAAGAACUGCUAUCCCACCCUGACUUUGCAUUUUAUCUACAGGCUUUUAUAAACAUGCUUUUGUGCACACUGGGGAGGCUAACCUGUGGCCCAUCUGAUGAUGUUAGACUACACCUCCCCUCACCAUUCUUGACCAUUGGCUAUGCUAACUGGAGCUAAUGGGAGCUGCAGUCCCACAUCGUCAGGAGGGGAACAGAUUAGCAAGGAUUAAACACACACACAGAGGUUUUAUUGCAAUGCCAUAUUGCCAUCUAUGCAGCUUUGGUAUUCUACAAAAGGAAGCAUCCUGAUUCAUCAAACUGCUAUACGGAUGAAUGCUGAAUUACAUGAGAAUUAUGUUAAUUAUAGUAAGUGGCCAACUUUGAGGAGUUAAUCAGUUUUGGAAAUCCAUUGCUCAAGAUGUUGAGAAUGAACUCCAGUUGAAUGCUGCCUAGUUAGCAACAAAAACAAGUAUGUCUCAAGUGUACUUGGGAUUUUAAGUAACUAUGGUUAUAAUAACAAGGAAAAUCUUGGAAGCAAAAAAAUGUGCAUAUAGGUCCAGAGUAGCACUGUUAAGGGAACAAAGAUACCAAUUAAAAAUGAAGGGUAAGAAACCAUUCCUGAUGAAGGAAACUUUGCUUCUGUAUUGAAACGGGUAGAGCAGUGUUUGUAUGGCUUGAGUCUUGCAUAAAAGCAAUUAAGCCUCCAUAAUGCCUCCCAUUGUGCAUACAUUAAUAAAUUCCCCACAGCCCCAAAAUUGGCAGUACCCUUUAAUAGGGGAAGAAGUUGCAGGGCUAUAAGGAAAGUGGGCAGGGGAGGACAUCAGUCUGUGAAGUUUGUUUGAUCAACUAAGCAAAAUCAAAUCCAGGCACUGAAGAUCCUGUUAGAAAUGGCAGCUCCUGGGCACCAAAUGAGUCAUUUGGAGUGCUGCUGCAGCAGCAGCAGCUGACUUUGUAGCCUGACGUUCAUGCUAAGAGUUCCUAGGGGCAGGCUUCGAGAGAACUGGAAUUGGGGUGCCAUGGAGGUCUGAAAGAAUCUGAAAGCACCCAAGUGGCUUUCCUGUGGAAGUUUGAUUGGCAGAAUAGUCUGGUCCAUCUUAUAGGGCAGCAGCUGUAGGGAAUGGAAAGGGAUUCUAGGUACAGUCAGAGACCAGCUUUGUAUGCAGAAGAGCCCCAAUUCAGUCCCUAACCCCUCCAUAUGAACACAGAAAGGUGCUGCUGCUUUGGGCCAAAAGGGCCUUUCCAGUCCAGCAUCCUGAUCUCAUUGCGAUAAGCCAGAUGCCUAUUAUGGGAAGCCCAGAAGUGGGACCUGAGCGCAACAGCACUUUCCCCACCUGCGAUUCCCAGCAAGUGGAAUUCAGAGGCACGCUGCUUCCCCCAGUGGAGGGCGAACCAUGAACCAUAGCCUUAUCAUCCGUGAAUUUGUUCAAUCCUCCUUUAAAGCCAUCCAAGUUACUGACUCUCCUUACCUCUUCUGGGAGUGAAUUCCAUAGUUUAACUAUGCACUGUGUAAAGAACUUUCAAAAUACUUGUUAUAGGUAUUUCAGGUAUGCUGGGGGGGGGGGAACCCACCUGAGAUGUUGGAAAACCACUACCCAUCAGAGUAGCUCAUACUAAGCUAGAUGAUACUCAAUAUGAGGCAACUAUUUCUGUUCAGAUAGGGAGGUUAUACAGUGCAAAUCCCUUGAAAACAAAUCUGAAUUAUGAAACAGCACAGUAUCUCGUGGCAAUGUAACUGCAUAGGAAAAGUUCUUAGUGGCUGGUGCCUGAGUGAGAGGCAAGGUGGCAUUUGGGGUUUUCUACCUCAAGUCAAAGAGAAAUCUGCGCAUACUGGUUAAUAGGAAUAACUUGUGCUGUAAGUGUGCAGGAUUUCCAGUAGGUAUUGUGGUUCCUGACAAACAAUGUUCUUUUUAGUCCUCUCUCUCUCUGUUCCAGCCCAUCAGCAUCUACGAGAGGAUUGUGACUAAUAUCUGUAGGAGGCAGAUUGCACCAUACUCGGACAGCAUUUUUAGAAGGGAAAAAGAAACUGGAAGUCUAUUGUGUUGACAAUCAAUAGAGGCUACCUCUUGUGGUUUUAUGUUUGUUCUGAAACUAUCGUAUAGACAUUAUUUUACACUGGUGUUCAGCUGUCCUUCCAGAAAUAUACGGCAGAAUCCACCAAGAGGUUCCCUUCCAAAGUCCCUGUUCAUGUCAAGGAUUCAUGCAAGAGAAAUUUCCUUGUGGACUCUGCCCAUAAACUGAUUCACUCAAGCCAUUUGUGUGUGGGGAGGUGGGAAAUCAAGUAAUUUUGGCAGCUACCUCCAGAUAUGCUUAAACUGUAAAGGACUAGUCAUUCUGAAAUAAAAUUACAUUUGCUAAAUAUCA